UUAGACAACGAACAGCUGUCACGGUACGAAAGGACACUUACCGGUAAUUACGAUAGCUAUAAAGCAAUACUGGUGCCGAACGCUAUAUCCACGGCGAGUUUGCAUUCAAGUGGACAGAAUACACCAGCUCUGACUACAAGCGUGUUUGCUGCUGACGGAGAUGGCAACGUUACGAGUGGAAGUUUUAAGGGAACUAUGAAUGAGAAAGACGUAAUGAACCAAUCUGUAAUCUGUCAAAAGAAGUUACGCGUGCGACGAGCUGUAAUAUCCGAAAGUGAUAACGAGGAUUUAACCAUGAAAAAUGCCACAGCGGACGUUAACAAAACGAUAAGCUCUAUAAAUUUGGAAAGUAAUCUAGAACAUUUGGAAACGAAAAAGGCUUUAGAAAAUCUAAGAAGCCAAUAUGGCAGUGAAUGGUUGCAAAGUCAAGCCGGCCACAUGGUGAAAAAUGUAAUUGGAUUUGAUCCUAAUACGGAAAAAGAAUACGAAAGUGUUGUACACUAUCAGAACACCAUGGGAAGUAAUCAAAACAUCAAAGACCACACUAGCGAACACAUCAUACCAAUUGAUCAACCAGAUCCGCAAAUGCAAACAGAAGUGCAGCGCACUAGUACUCCUAUUGGUGAUGAGCAAAUAUUGUUUCAAAUAAAAACUACACAAGUAUCCCCUGUUGGACAGGGAGAAUUAUCAGAAACCAAAACGACUCUCUCCGAUUAUAAGAGCGCUUUCAGCGAUGAUAAUAAUACUCGAUACGUAUCGUUGGAACAAGAAAUUAUUGCUUCAAGUAUGAAAGGAUCACUGAAUUUAACAGAUAUCUAUAAGAAUCGGGAGGAAGUAGAUGAAGAAUCUGAAGCUGAAGAAAAUGAAAUACUAUAUCAUGUAUCUACACAUGAUGGUGGGACGGAUUUUUCCAUUGUAGUCUCUGACAAGAGUAUCAAAGAAAAAGAUGUGAUCGGAAAAACAAAAACUCGUUGGGGUAUAAAAACCUUAGAGGCCUGCGAAAGGUCGACAUCCUCUCGAAUAACAUUAACGUUUGAUACUAUGAAACGAGACAAAAGGGAACGAGUUUAUGAGAUGGAUGCUCACGAUUGCCAGUUGCUCGAAAAUCGUCUCCGAGAUAUACUAUCCCAAAGGCCGUUGUCUGAAAUGAAUCAGCGGCUUUAUAAAUGUGUCGUGUGUAAUGCCAAAUUUUCUCGUGAAGUAAACACUAAGCGUAUAUUUGAAGAUCUUCAAUGUCCGGAAUGCUAUGGUGGCUAUUGCAUUGAAAUAAGAGAACAGCAGUUGGAGAAAGAUACAAAAUCGGUCAUUGCAGGCAGUAGUGAAAUAAGUAAAGCCUUUGUUCAAUCUGUGUUGGCAUCCAAUAGCAAUGUUGAAAGUGCUGUACCCGGAACGUCUGGUACAAAUAUAUUGGAGCCAGCAACAAUUCAACAUAGUGCUUCGAAAAAUAGUAUAGUACAUCCGGAUGCAUGGAAGUCACCGGUGAAAAGUAAUCUAAAAUCUACUGAAUCUUUUAAUGAUUCCUCGUCUGUGUCAAGAAUAUCUCAGCCUGGUAGUUCCUGUGAUUCGAACCAGAGUGUGGCAGGCAGUACGAAUUCAGAACGAGACCGAGAUACGGAUUUGUUAGGCAACGAAAGCGACAUAGAAGUGUUGAGUAAUCCAAGUCAGAGUAGCAUUGAAGUUCUUGAUCGAGGAUAUCAUCCUAGCAGGAAAGCCUCCGAAGAGCGCCGAGUAUCUAGCCAUGAAAAUAUUAAUGAUGGCAGUGAAAAGUUUAUGGGCCAAGAAGCAGUGACCAGCCUGAAUGUCGGACAGGAGGCUUUAGAUGAUCACAAAGGUGCAAAUCUAGAUGGCAAUUUGGACGAAACGAUGAAGCAUUCUUUUGUAGCUUCUAGUAAAGAGAGUACGAGUACCAAAGAAGAUUUGUUGGUGACAAAAGGAACUAGUGUAUCGAAGUAUCAUACAUCGCAUGCCAACAAAAAAAUGUUCUUAACGAACGUAAAUCUAACGGAAAGCUCCAGCUCUGGUUCUGUAACAGAUAGCGUGUGUACGGCUUACGAAUCUAGCCAGGGUAUGACAUCGGAUGUAUCGAUUUCAAAACAAACAGCGAAAGAGCUCGAAGUGACAACUAUUGAACAAGCAUCAUCUCAUGAAUUGCACCCUGAAGAUUAUAAGGAACUUGUAGAAAAUGUGCCUGCAGGUGUUGUUUGUACCGGAAAAGCUGAUGGUUCCGUGCUUACCAGUGUACUUGGGGGAUUGUUUCAAUCCACUAACAUGCUAAUGGCAAAGAAUCCCAAGGGAAAAUCAGAUGAAAAUUCAAUGAACAAGUUUUACGAACCGAUCCGCUACAAUUUCAACGACUUCGCCAACGUUGAUCAUCGAUUGAAGUUGUACCUGUAUCAGACUUUGUUUGAGGACACUCAUGAAUCGUUAAAAUGGCUUGUGUCGUGUAUUGUAUUCGAUGACAAUCAUGCUGAUGAAUGGCCAUCGGGUUUUGAUGGUCUUUUUAUCAUGUCGACGACCAAGUUCUACGUAAUGAAGAAGGUGGCUGCUGAAAACGAUGAUCCGUCUACUUGGCUAAAGAAAUAUAUCGCUGGAACAAUUGAACGUGUUGGAAUUGCUCAGUCACUGCCAUGGAAAAUAGGCAUAAAAUUUAUUAUUAGUGCGAUCGGUGGAGUGCAUAUUAUUCUACAGGAUAUUCUUCGUACGGACAAAUUGAUGCUGUUUUUUAAUGAAAACCCUCUUCCGCAUUACUGUACCCUCGAUUACCAGUCAUCGGAUCUAUUAAACGGUAAACUAAAAAAAGUGACGAAGGGUGAACAAGUAAAAAUUGUGAUGAUAAUAAAUUUUUGCGAUGUGCUGCUUAAUGAUGAACUAGAAAGCGUGCAAUUAUCGACUCUACUAGUGACGGAGAAUAAAUUGAUGUUGGCUCCUGAUAUAAAAUGGCUCAAUGAAAGCUCUGCCUAUCCUAUUGAGCCCAAAUUUUCCCAACUCAUGACAAAUAUUGUUGAACUAGAAGAUGUAAAUGAGCUGUCCUGUCGACUAAAUUUCAUGGAUGAGCAAGAGGACAAAUAUGAAACGUGGCGUCUUGAUUUUGCUACAACGACGGCAAAGGAAAGCACCGUUGGUACCAUUUGCCAUUUGUGGGAGAAUAUAUUCGGUGUGCCUUUGGUAAAUGAAAAAGCGUCAGUUGUCAGCAACGUUAGCACUACUGGAGAUGACAACAAUGGCAAAAGACAGAACAACAGAAGUAGUGCCAACAAUAACAGUAAUAAUCGCUAAAUGAAUUAGUCAAAAUAUCUCAAACAGUGGUUUAAGGUGUUUUUAAAAGUGUAUGAAAGUUAGUUAAAAAAUGAUCGAUGGAGAAUAAUCAUAAGAAUAAUAAAUUGAAAGUGAUAUUAGCAAUACG